CAGACAGCAAGUGCAGACUGGCAGGGUGGGGGGACUUCUGAACGCCGCCCUUGACGGAGGAGGCAGCGUCUCCCGGACCGGGAACUUCCGAAAGGCGCACUCACAAUCUGCCACACGCCGCAUAAAUAUGGGAUCCCCCCUCCGAGGGUCGCACACUUGACCAACUGCGGCGCGCAGCGCAGGACUCCGGAUGGAUCAUUUGGAUUCAGCGAUCCUCUCCGGGUAGAUGUGGCACAGUGAAGGGAGCGUGUGCGCGUGAAUGUGCGCUCCUGGAAUAGAAAGCCAAAGGAAGAAAGAAGAAAAAGAAGAAGCGAGGCGGGAUCGUUUUUUUUUUUUUUUUUCUUGUUCUUGUAUAAAUCUAAGCUGAAGCUAAUAAAUCGAUCAGCAGUUGGCGUUCUUCCCUCUGUGGAUUACACGGAUGUUUGCCCGGUGGAUGUGAUGCCCAUAUAUAUCCUCGACCGAAAAUUUCCUGAUAUAUCUGUUGAGUUGAUACAGGCGGAAGCUGAAGGAGACGAUCCGAGAAUGACAGAGACCAACACCCCCAAGUCGGCUAAGAAGCCCCGCUGGACCUCCCUCGAAAUUGGCCUCCUUACUAUUGUCUCCCUGCUCUUCAUCAUCAUUGUUGCCCUCAUCAUCCUCUUCGCUACUCAGAAAACCGAUGAAAUCUGCACCACAGCUGACUGCACGCAGUCAGCUUCCCGCCUCAUUGAGAACAUGGAUGCAGGCGUGGACCCCUGCGACAACUUCUAUCAGUACGCCUGUGGAGGCUGGCUUAAAAAGAACAUCAUCCCAGAGACCAGCUCCAGAUACAGCACCUUUGACAUCCUCCGGGACGAGCUGGAGGUCAUCCUCAAAGGUGUCCUUGAGAAUACAGUGGAGGGAGAAGCUGAGGCUCUCACCAAAGCGAAGACCCUGUACAAGUCCUGCACCAAUGAGAGCCUGAUCGAGGUCAGAGGAGGGAGUCCUCUGCUUGACAUGCUGCCCGAUGUGUUUGAGUGGCCCAUCGCUGUGGACAACUGGGAGGCCAGCUUUGCAAACACAUGGAGGCUGGAGGACGUCAUCGCCAAGCUGAGAAAAUAUGGAACUCCUGUCUUGGUCAAUUUCUUUGUUGGAACUGAUGACCGAGACUCCAAUUCACACAUCAUUCAUUUUGAUCAGACAAGUCUUGGCCUCAUGUCCAGAGACUAUUACGCCUGCACCGGUCCUUAUGCAGAGGCAUGUCGGGCCUACGAGCAGUUUAUGGUUGACCUGGCUAAGCUGAUCCGUACUGACCGGGGCCUUAACGUCGAUGAAGCCCGCAUCAGAGACGAGGUGGCACGAGUUAUGGACUUGGAGAAGGAUAUUGCCAAUGCUACUGAUACGCCGGAGGAUCGUAACAGCCCAGUGUUGCUUUACAACAAGAUGGAACUGGGAGACCUGAACGCCAACUUCACUCUUGAAGUUGACUCAAAGGUAUUUAACUGGAGCUACUUCACUGCUAAGAUAAUGGCUGCAGUCAACAUCAGCAUACCUGACACGGAGAAGGUCAUAAACUACUCCCCCAACUAUUACAGGAGACUCAACCUUGUGUUGGCCAGAUACACAAAGAGGGAUCUGCAGAACUACAUGGUGUGGCGUUUUGCUAUGAACAUGGUGGUGGGCCUGAGCAGAGCCUACAGAGACACCAAGAAAGCGUUCCGCAAGGCUCUGUCUGGAACCACAUCAGAGGCAGCCGUGUGGCGACAGUGUGUACUUUACGUGAACAGCAACAUGGACAACGCCGUGGGCCGACUGUAUGUGACGGAGGCCUUCUCCGAAAAGAGUAAAGAGCUGAUGGAGGAGAUUGAUAAAGACAUUCGGGAGGUGUUCAUAACCACUUUAGAUGACUUGACGUGGAUGGAUUCAGAAACAAAGAAAGCAGCUGAAGAGCAGGCCCGCGCUAUUCGAGAGAGGAUUGGCUAUUCUGACAACAUCAUGGAUGAUGAAUACCUCAACAAUGAGUACAAAGAUCUGAGCUACAGUGCAGAGGAGUACUUUGAAAACAUCCUCCAGAAAGAGUUUGUGCAGAAGAAACGCCUGCGGAAACUCAAAGUCAAAGUCAACAAAGACGAGUGGGUAACCGGAGCUGCUGUUGUUAAUGCCUUCUACUCCUCCAGCAAGAACCAAUAGGUGAAUCUGUUCCCAGCGGGUAUCCUUCAGCCUCCUUUCUUCAGCAAAGGCCAGGCUAAAUCUCUCAACUACGGCGGCAUCGGGAUGGUGAUCGGUCACGAGAUCACGCACGGCUUUGACGACAAUGGCCGUAACUACGAUAAGGACGGAGACCUGAAGGACUGGUGGACCCCAGACUCCACUCAGAGGUUCUUGGACUUGUCAAAGUGCAUUGUCGACCAGUAUGGUAACUUCUCUUGGGUGGCCAAUGGACUGCAUUUAAAUGGCAACAACACCCUCGGGGAGAACAUUGCUGACAAUGGAGGCAUACGACAGGCAUAUCAGGCUUACAAGGACUAUGUGAAGCAGCAUGGAGAGGAGCCGCCGCUACCUGGCAUUGAUCUUUCCCACGAUCAACUCUUUUUCCUGAACUUUGCUCAGGUCUGGUGUGGAACACAUCGACCAGAACAGGCGGUCAACUCCAUCAAAGUCGAUGUACACAGUCCAGGAAAAUUCAGGGUACUGGGCUCCCUGCAGAAUUUUCCAGAAUUUGCCAAAGCGUUCAACUGCAACAAAAGCAGCUACAUGGUCCCCGACAACAUCUGCCGUGUGUGGUGAUUGGUGGACCUCUGGGAUGGGUCCCUCCCUGUCCCCCUGCGGUACCUCUCCCCUCUGACUGUCGCAGCACUCACGGGGGGUCACGGGGAAAGUGGAGGCUUCCCUUAACUCUUUCCUGGAUGGACCAUGGCUGGUGGACUGAUACUGCAGUGUGCACUCCAUCCGAGGACGGCGGCAGCGGCAGACUGUGCCCUCGCGGACAGACGGAGCUCUGUCUCCUCCAACUCUUGAUACUGUGGUUCAUUCAAUCAGCCUGAUUAUUCUCCCACUCACUGGAUACAAUCACUCCUUGUGUUUUUGUUUUUCUCUCUCCGUUCUCAUCUUGUCUUACUGAGCAUUUCUGGGUCUGCCAAUGUGUAUUUGUGAGCGCGUAUGUGGAUAUGAGGAGUUGGCAAGAGAGGGGCAGACAGACAAAUGCGCUCAGCCCACUGGCAUAUGAAUACACCACUCACCCACUCAGAAACAUGUAACAGGGCUGAACCACUGUACUGUAUGUGGGACUGAGCUGUAUGUCUCUCACAGAAAACCAAGCUGGUUCUAGCCUUUAUUUACAUGCCGAUAGACAAUGUACUCCUAACUCGUACCCUUUGUUUAUGCCUAGUCUAGAUUAGGUAACUUAUAACAGAAAAAUCAGAAUUUAUUUUGUCAAAAUAUUUAACCGUGAUUACAUAUUUACAAAAUGUUCUAUAUUUAAUGUUAAUAAUUUUUCUGCAGUCGACAGGUGGCUGCAGUUCAUUAGCAGAAUGAAGAUAAUAAACCAAAAUGAAGUUUUUUGCCUUUAAGAUGACAGCUGGUCAUAGAUCACUGAGCUGACAAUCGACAGACACCAGACCUUUUUCGUAUGUUUUCUGAGCCUCCCGUCUGCAUCGGCGUGGAUGGGUGUCUUUAUGUGUUUUCCAGUCUUUGUGAGUCAUUGAUUAUCACUGCCAGCUCUUUGUCAAGCAGUUUAGUAUGCCUUACAGUCGUGCUAUCGUGCAUGUGAGUGUGUGAGCAUCGGUGAGAAAACAAAGGGUGAGAAAAUGUAUCAUCAAAGAAGUAGUUUUGAUUUUUUUUUUCUUUACUUUUUCACGGAGAAUCAGAGAAAACUGACACAACUCUCACGCCUGCACGCUAUGGCGUGUUCGGCUUACUCUUAUCAACAGCAAGAGCAGCUGUCAUGACACAAUUUGCAGAAAAUACAUUGCAUCUCAUUCCUUCAAUACAGAUAUGCACUAUUAUUACUGAAAUAUUUUUUAAUGCAAUCAGGCCCAGUUUUAAUAUUAAGCCUGGUGUGGUUUGAUCCCCAAUCCAAAAACUGGUUAAUUAUGAGACUGUAUGGAACAGUGUGUGGGACCGAUUGGCAUCCUUCUUGCAUUUGCAAAGCAACAUCUGACCUGAUUUACAGCUGUUUUUUUUUUUUUUUUUUUUUUUUUUUUUAAAGUGUGGGAUGGGUCUCUCUCUGUUGGCGCCGCAGAGCUUUGGAUUGGGUUGCAGAAACAGGAAAAGUGAAAUGCUCAACUUUAACCUAUUCUAUUAAGGCAGAUUUUACAAUAGUUUCUCUUUUCUAAAUAUAAUGGGGGUUAUGAUAAAAUAAGUGAAACCGUUACCACAGCUGCAGACUUUAUAUAAAGACUUGUCAGGUAUUUUUCAAGUGUGAUCAACAGUCAUUAUUCAGAAUAUCAUAUGUAAUUUAAAAAAAAACCAAAACAAAACAAAAGAAACCCAGAAAAACCCAGUAUUAAAAUUUAAGGGCAGUGAAAAUUGAUUCAACCUUAUGAUUUUAAACCGUAUGUUUUUCCUGUUUUAUAAAACAAAUGAAUUAUACAGACUUAUACACCAAAUCAUGAUGGUUAAAUGAUAACGCUGCAGUCUGCUGUGUCAAAUUUUGGUGUGCUGAUUAAAACACUGUCUUUGCAGAGACUGCUAAUAACCAUGAGAUUGUUGGUGUAGCGAGUGUGAAAUACCUUCAGUAGCUGACACUUUAUUGUUAAUUCCUCGCACGUGUUUCUGUCUCUUCGCUCCUUCGAGCAGGGCAAUCAGGACCACCAGUUUACUGCUGGUACGGAGUGUUUUCCUGCACACAGAGACAUAAAUACAGACGUAAAGGCCGUUGUAGACCAUUGCAAUCAGUCUUAAACUGGUGCGUACCCCUCAAUCACUACAAAAGAACAAAAAAUUAUGGUUUUUACAAGAUACUGUGCUAGAAAGUUAUGUUAAACAUAGGUGCAAAGCAAGAAAUUGGACUUUUUGCAUCUAUUCACUGAAAUAUGCGAUUUUUUCAAAUUUGUAUGAUUGGAGUGGGAUCGUUUUCUCUUCACUUGGAAACAUUGAUAUGCGUAAUCAUAAAAUGUUGAACCACCCUUCAAGAAAAGCAUUUUGAUGUCUACCUAGGUUUCAUCAUAUGACAGUAUUAUCCAUUGAUCGAGUUUGAUUUUUUUCUAGGCCUUGAAGCAAGUCAGAUGAUGUUAAUCUUUUGAAUACUUUAUUAUUUUAUACAUUUCAAGCUGUGGAACCUUUUUGAGAUUUUUUUUUUUUCUUUCAGAAAUGCAUGCUUUCUUUUGAAAUCAGGAGAUUGUAUCAAGUCAGUGGAUUGAAGUUGAUCUGCUUUGUUUUGUCUGUUGAAAUGUAACUGAGGCUGUGAUGCAGGGUUGUUAAUUGUGCAUUUUGUUGCCUUUUCCACGGAAAUGGGUGCGAUGAAUGACGUAUGAUGUUCACCGGGAGUCUAAGCCACCUCUACAGACAGCGUGCAUCAGCCUCCAUGUCCAGUCUUUCUACUCCGUUCCCAGAUGUAUUGUUCUCAAACUCAUUUGUGCGAGCUUCUAUUUCUCAGUCACUGUCACUCACUCCCUCAGGCUUUCUUUCUGUCAGCAUCUCUCUCUCUCUCUCUCUCUCUCUCUCUCUCUCUCUCUCUCUCUCUCUCUCUCUCUCUCUCCGUCUCUCUUUCACUCCACUUGUAGAAAGACAGAUAUACCUCAGUUGCCUGUAUUUAGAUACUUUAUAAUAAUGACCGAUAAUCAUUUGCGGGAGCGUUUUUUUUUUCCUUUCAAAAUAAAUCUUUAAUAACACGCUUAGUCUGAAGGAGACA